UGGUGACACCAAGCUUCCGCUCGGAUGUAUUUUACUGUGACAUGCAUCCAAAAUGGCUUCCAAAAUCGAACCGGUCUAUCAAAUUUUCUCAUUUCAGGACUGUAAAACAUCUCCCGACCCGGUUUUUGAGGUUCCGGCUCAGUAUGUGACCCCUACGCCGGUGCCCAUAGUGAUAGAUAACGGCUCCUUCCAGACCCGGGCCGGCUGGGCGGCUCCAGCGGCGGAGCCUGACGCCCCGCGGCUGCUCUUCAGGUCGGUGGCGGCGCGCAGCAGAGGUGCUGCCCGCAGCGAGACCCAGAUCGGCAACGAUAUCCCCAACCUGGAGCCGCUGCGGUGGCUGCUGAAGAGCCAGUUCGACCGGAACGUGGUGGUGAACUUCGAGAUCCAGGAGCUCAUCUUCGACUAUGUGUUUACACACCUGGGCAUCACCUCAGAGGGCCAUGUGGCACACCCCAUUGUGCUGACAGAGGCGCCCUGCAACCCGCUGCACUGUCGCCAGAUGAUGUCGGAGCUGCUGUUUGAGUGCUACGGCGUCCCACAUGUCUCCUACGGCAUAGACAGCUUGUACAGUUUCUACCACAACAACUCUCAAAGGAACCUCCAGCCUCCACACACCGGCAUCGUUCUGUCCUCAGGGUACCACUGUUCACACAUCCUGCCGGUCAUCAACGGCAGGUUGGAUGCUGUGAACUGUAAGCGGGUGAAUGUUGCUGGGAGUCAGGCAGCGUCCUACCUGCAACGCCUCCUCCAACUGAAAUACCCGGGUCACCUCGCCGCCAUCACACUCAGCCGCGUGGAGGAACUGCUUCAUGAACACAGUUACACUGCUGUGGAUUAUCAUGAAGAGCUGGAAAAGUGGCGCAGCCCAGAGUUUUACGAGCGGGAGGUUCACCGCAUGCAGCUUCCCUUCACCGGGAAGGUGCCGGGCGGCUGUGUGAGUGUGGAGGAGAGGCACGAGAGACGAGCUCAGCAGCUUCGGCGGCUUCAGGAGAUCAACGCUCGCCGCCGGGAGGAGAAGCUGCUGCAGGACCAAGAGAGGCUGGACAGACUUAUGGCUGUACAGGAGCUGCUGGAAGACGGCCUGCUGGAUCAGUUUCACAAGAGCCUGGUCGAGCUCAACAUGGACUCUGCUGAGGAGCUGCAGUCGUACAUCAGCAAACUGCAGCUGGCUGUGGAGCAGGGCAGACAGAAGCUGCUGCACAGCGACGGAGCUGAGGGAAAGAAUGAGGUGUCGGAGCUGGAGCAGCCAAUGGAUGAAGGAGAUGGAGUGACGCUUAUGGAUCCUGACUUCCCCGAGGACACCCUGCCAGAAAAACCUGCUAAUGUGGUUCAGCCUGUGUUCAACAUGGCGGAGUACCACCAGCUGUUUGUGGGGACAGAGCGACUGCGCUGUCCAGAGAUCCUGUUCCAGCCCUCACCGACCGGAGAGGACCAGAUGGGGCUGAUGGAGACGCUGGAGUAUGUCCUGGCCAGGUACACUCCAGAGCAGCAGGAGGCGCUGGUGAGCAAUGUGUUUCUGACAGGAGGGAACAUGCAGUACCCCGGGAUGAAGGAGAGAGUGGAGAGAGAGCUGCUGGCUAUGAGGCCCUUCCAAUCACACUUCAAGGUCAGAAUGGCGUCGCGGCCGGCCCUGGACGCCUGGUACGGAGCACGAGACUGGGCCCUGGAGCAUCUGCCUACAGGAGGGGGGGAGGCAGCAGCAGGAUGGAUCAGCAGGCAGGACUACGAGGAGAAAGGAGGCGAGUACCUGAGCGAGCACUCUGCCUCCAACGUCUUGAUUCCCAUGAGAAUCGCUAAACCAGUUCCUGCUCGCCCCAGUGAGCCCCCUGUUAGCACCCUGACAUCAACCGGAGCCUCUACUGCUGCCACCACGGUCACGUCUGCCCCGAUGCCCUCUUGUUUGACUGUUGCCGCAGAUGUGUCUGUGGUUACCUCCUAAACUUGGAUCUCGGAUAUCAGGAGCCUCUGAUCUUUUCUAACUUUCUGACUGAAAUUGUUACGGAUUAUGUUUGGUGAAACCAAAUGAGACUGUUCAUAUUGAAUGGUCAUCAAGUGAAUGAUCUUAAAAGGUCUACUGGGAACAUUUCAUGUAGUACUCUGUAAAAAGUUUGUUGUUUUAUAAAAAUAUAUUUUCUCUCAUGGAAA